CCUCUACAAUUUACCGUUUGACUUGACGCGACGCGGGCUUGUAAAAUUUUGGGUUGCAGCGUUAAGCUUAAAAAUAUAAGAAAUGGAUCCAGAAAUAAUGGACUUCUUCGACUUUUCGAAGGAAUUUAAGCGCGAAAUUGCUCCACAGGGAUUUCUUAGUAGCGAUCCGAGCAAGAUGGCAGUGGAUACCACCGAUUCUAAAGUGCUUAAACGCGAAGUAAUCGGAAAAGAUUAUGUCGAAAAAAUCGUGGAACAGGAAAAGCAGCGAAUGAACCGAUCGCGGCGCGACGAGGCCGGUCCAAGCAGGCGCAAUCGCACGCUGGACGACAUAGAUACCGAUGAAGAAGCAGAAGAGUUCGAAAUCCGCCAGGAUGAAGAGUAUUACAAAAAGUAUCGAUUCAAUCUUAAUCGUGACAGAAAUUUACCGAUCUACGCCAAGCGGGAGGAAAUCGUGGCUGCAAUCAAAUCUAAUCCUGUUGUAAUUCUCAAGGGCGAAACGGGAUGCGGGAAGACUACGCAGGUGCCUCAAUACAUUUUGGACGAAGGUUAUAAGAGCGGUCAAUAUUGCAACAUUGUGGUGACCCAGCCCCGUCGCAUAGCCGCUAUCUCCAUAGCUAAUAGGGUGUGCCAGGAGCGCCAAUGGCAGCCGAACACCGUUUGCAACUUUCAGGUGGGCCUUCAUCGCCCGAAGAGUCUGGAGGAGACCCGCCUACUGUACUGCACCACCGGAGUGCUGCUGAACAACCUGAUUCUCAACAAGACCCUCACCCACUACACUCACAUCGUGCUGGACGAGGUGCACGAGCGAAAUCAGGAAAUGGACUUCCUAAUGAUUCUGGUUCGUCGCUUGCUGGCCACCAAUUCCCGUCAAGUGAAAGUUAUCCUAAUGUCGGCCACUAUUGAUACUCGGGAGCUGCGGGACUAUUUUACAACGACAAACUCGAUUCCGCCGGUAAUCAGCGCCAGUCAUGGGCGUAAAUACUCCAUCGAGAAGUUCUACCGCGACCAGAUGGCCCACAUUAAGUGGAAGCCAGAUGCGGGCGAAGAAGAUUUUUAUCCACGUAUAAACGAGGAUGGCUACAAGGCGGCGAUGAAAAUCAUUAUGGUUAUUGACAACAUGGAGCGGAAUGGAGAAACGCAGUUGACUUACGAUGAAGCUCUGCGAUAUGGAGCUGUGCUCGUUUUUUUGCCAGGUGUAUUGGAGAUCGACACCAUGGCAGAAAGUAUUACUUCUAUGACAAAGGAUGAUCCAAAAAUGAAGGUCUUCAUUGUGCGCUGCUUCUCUCUGAUGACCCCGGAAAAUCAACGGGAUGUGUUUCAGCCACCACCUGUUGGCUACCGCAAGAUCAUUCUCACAACGAAUAUCGCUGAAAGCUCCAUUACGGUGCCGGAUGUCUCCUACGUCAUUGAUUUCUGUCUCACCAAAGUGUUGGUCACCGACUCGGCCACCGGUUUCUCUUCCCUUCGCCUAACUUGGGCCUCCAAGGCGAAUUGUCGCCAGCGUGCCGGACGUGUUGGGCGUCUGCGAAGCGGUCGUGUCUACCGAAUGGUCAAAAAGUCCUUUUACCACCAGAAUUUGUCUGAGUACGGAGUCCCAGAAAUGCUGCGAUUGCCCUUGCAUUUUUCGGUGCUCAAGGCCAAGGAUCUGGACAUGGGUUCUCCGGUUGAAAUACUGGCUUUGGCUAUGAGUCCGCCCAAUCUUUCGGACAUACAAAACUCAAUACUGUUGCUUAAGGAGAUCGGUGCACUCUUUCCAACAGUAGAUGGCAUCUAUAACGAGUUGGAUGGCGAUAUUACCUUCUGGGGCACAAUCAUGUCUCGCCUGCCCUUGGACCCGCGCUUGAGCCGCCUCAUCAUCCUGGGCUAUGCGUUUAACUUACUCGAAGAAGCGAUUAUUAUUGCUGCUGGCUUAUCGAUGCGUGGCUUGUAUUUGGACGAAGCUCGUGGGCAACAAGGGGCAGGAUUCGAGUCAUUUUGGAUGCACUACAUUUUUGCCGAUGGAAGUGGCUCUGACUUGGUGGCCAUUUGGCGCGUUUAUCUGACCUACUUAAACAUGAUCGAAGUUGGCCACCAGCAGGAAGAGUCUGCUAAUCGUUGGGCGAAGCGUUUCCAUGUCUCCUUGCGAUCGCUAAAGGAGAUGCACCUGCUGGUGCAGGAGCUACGCUUGCGUGUUUCGAGAAUUGGCCUGGUUCCGUUCACAGUUGAUCCCAGUCAGGUGAUGGGAGAUCGUGAAAGAGGAAUCAUCUUUAAAGUGAUAAUUGCCGGUGCAUUUUAUCCGAAUUAUUUCUUGCGUUCCAAGUUGUCGGUUGCGGAACCGGAUCGUAAUAUGUACCAGGUGAUUUCGGGGAAUGAUCCCUGUCGCACAGUAUAUUUUACCAAUUAUAAGCCCGGGUAUAUGGGUGAACUGUACACUAGGCGCAUAAAGGAGCUUUUUCUAGAGGCUAAAAUACCACCGGAAAACAUUGAUGUUACCUUUCAACCCGGAUCGCAAAAGGUGUUUGUCACCUUCAAGCAAGACGAUUGCAAUGCAGACGCAACUAAACUCGUGACCGUGUCGGGCAGAAUUCAAAGUGAAGUUUACAAGGCGGUUCGAAUGAGAAUUGACCGGUUGCAACGCCCGCUGCGUAUUAUGGAUCAGACUAACUUUAUGAAUUACGUUCAGCAGCGAAAGAUUGGAGAGUUAAUCGAGGGACAAUGGGUCCCUCCCACAAAACCGUUGAACGUAGAGCUGCUUGCCUUGCCAUCUGUCUACGACAAGACAGUUACUGGCUUGAUUACAUGCAUUGUUAGCUGCGGCAAGUUCUACUUUCAACCUCAAUCCUUUGCUGAGUGCAUUCGAAACAUGUCCGAGAUACUCAAUGCCCCACAGCAGUUGCGAAAUCACGUCUUAAACGCUGCGGCCCUCAGAAAAGGCCAGAUGGUGCUGGCAAAGCGGAAUAGUUAUUUCCAACGCGCCACGGUGAUUCGCCCAGACAACCAGAGCAAUCGCCAGCCGAAGUUUUAUGUUCGCUUCAUCGACUAUGGAGACUGCUAUUUGUUGCCCAUGGAGCAGAUACGUCUGAUGCCAGAGGAGCUAAUGGACCAGUAUGGAGACUUGCCACCACGUGUCUUCGAGUGCAGACUGGCGCUGGUGCAACCGUCUAUGGUAAUCAGCACGAGUAAUCGGUGGCCCAAGAAGGCCAACGAAAUGCUUAGCUCGGUGGCCAAAUGCGGUCGUGUCGAGAUUGAGGUGUAUUCGCUGUACAACAAUGUGGCAGCCGUUCUCAUCCAUAUGCGUGAUGGCCUGCUCAACGAAAAGCUGGUAGAGCUUAAAUUAGCUCGUCGCGCUGAGGAAGACUUCAUGUCUCGUCAGGAUCAUGACUUCCGAGAACAAAAACAGGAAUCUGCCCGUUAUUCGAGUUCGGCGGAGCGACAGCGGGUCAAUGAGGAGUAUCUGCGCUCCGUUCAGUUACCCCAAGAUCUUGAUUUACCUCCGCCUCCGAUGAAUUUGUGCAACACUAUGGUGAUGCUGAAGGGACCCUACAGUCCCUUGGAGACCUCCAUGUACUCCGUCAUUCGAGUGGGUGUCUGGAAAACGGUGAAUAUCGAUAGUGGCUCGGUAAACUCGGUGCUUCUCGAUGCGGAUCCCCACGAUCAACACGAUCAAAUGAUUGUGGCCCACACAACCGUGGAGAACUCCAACGGCCAGAACCUGAUAGUCCGUGGAACCACUUUAAUGCCCAACAUACAUGGACUUGCAGCACUUAUGGUAAUGCUGUUCUGUCCCACCAUGCAGAUCAAAUGUAACAAGGAGGGCACCAGAUACGUGUCCAUACUGGCGGGGCUAGGCUGUGACCCGGAAACCACAGAGCCUUAUUUUGAGGAACACGAUAUGGUGAUUAAUCUGGACGUUAACAUUUUGGAAGAUGAUGUUAAUUUGAUAAACCAAAUGCGCUAUUUGAUAGAUAGCGUAUUUUUCAAUUUCAAAGACGAAAAUUAUCCAGCGGUCAGCGCUGGAGAACGUGUUAAUAUAUACACUCAGCUGCGUCAUCUAAUAAAUCGUCUUUUGAACAAGGAUCGAAGUUAUAUUGAACGUUGCACGAGCAACGCUGAUAAUUUGUGGGAUAGGGUCGAUGAUCUGCCAAUACAGGCUGAGCCAUAUGGUAAACGGUCCAUUUUUCCAAUGCACACUGUACCGGAGCUUCAAGAGGAGGACAUGAGCAAUUUAAUGCAGUUGGUGGAGAACUGCAAGAUGUUGUAUGAGUGGCGCAACUUCGCGGGGGUUUUACAGCCGUUGACAUGCAAAUUGUGCAACCAUCGUUUGGAAUCGGUUCCCCAAUUGCGAAUGCACCUUCUAACUCAAUUGCAUCGCGAUCGCGAAAAGCAGAUCGAUUUUCACAGGGACUAAUCUUAUUGACAUCUGUUUAGUUGGAUAAUAUAGCCAUCCUAAGUUUAAAAUCAUUUUCUAAAAAAAAUGAAUACUAUUGAUGUAUAAUAAUUGUUUCCAUUUUCAUGAAAACUCCUAUUACGCUAAAGAAAGUGACAAUGAAUAGAUCACAAUUAUUUUAAUUUAACUCUUCUUCGUCAUUGAAAUGAUCUUAAUGAUUUAUCAUCAUUUUUUUUUAUUUGUAAUCUUGGAACUUCAACUUCUGUUAAAUCUUUCUACAAAAAGCACCAAAUACAGUGACAAGAAAAACCCACUAA